CUUCUUGGCAGCACACGUCCCUAGUGAUUUGACAGAAUUGCACACAGCGUUUCUGAUUCCUUGAGCAAUUCCACCCCCCAUUAUAUUAUACUAGUUCGACAAGACUACAGAAGCAUCGUAUGAACCUGCGCUCUGACACCGCAUUACCAACAUGAACAACCUCCCACCACAUUACAAUGAUGGCAAUCGGGCCUUCCUGCAAGCCUUCGUGGCUCGCGGAACCCUUACGCUCAAAGAGGGACAGACAAUUCUCGCCGAAAUAUUUACCAUCGAGGCCGAAGACCGCGAGCCCGUCUCCCCGGAGCAGGUCACCCAACAAGACUUCGAGUCUUACCUGGAAGCCGCCGCCGAAGCCGUUUCCUUCUUCGAUUACGAGGUCCGAAGCACCAUUCACCAAGUCUCCAAGAAACGCGUCUACGCCCUUGUGAACACGGCUUCCGACCCGAUGACGCAGCUCGCAACUACAUAUAAUGCCGAACAGAUCGCCUUCACCAAGAGGUUACUCGAUGCCAUGUUCGAGACGUACAACUCUCCGCGUAUGGAGCUCAUGUGCAUCACUGAGAUGCAGGCCAUCAAGCUUGCCCGCCCUCCGCGGCAGCAGAACAAUAACGACGUCGAUGAGAAUGGAGCACCGACUCAGACACAAUCUUCGACGGAUAAGGGACUCAAGCACAGCGAAGUGGAAGACAUGCUUGUGAACCUGAUGAACCAGGGCUGGCUGGAAAAGUCCAAUAACGGGUUCUACAGCCUCAGCCCCCGAGCACUGCUCGAGCUUAGGGCGUGGCUGAUUGACUCAUACAACGACCCCGACGCGGCAGCGCAGGAAUGGCAGCGCAUCAAGUUCUGCGAGGCGUGCAAGGGAAUCGUUACCGUCGGGCAAAGAUGCGCAGAGAGGGAUUGUAACGCGCGCUUGCACCACAUAUGUCAGGACGCAUACUGGCGAACGCAGCGUAGCCACAAAUGCCCCAGAUGCUCAAGAGGCUGGGACGGUAAGCACUACGUGGGAGAGGAGGCAGAGACCAGUACAGAGGCCUACCAGAGGGGCCGCCGUAGGAGUGGAGGCAGGAAGGGCAGCAUGGCAGAUGAAGACGUGCAAGGAAAUGGCGGGGAUGAAGAUGGGGAGGAUGAAGUAUGAUCGAGCAUGAUCGGGCAUGAAGCUCUGUUCGGAAGCUCAUCCCCUGGAUGCUUAUAGGCAGUUUUCUUGAAGAUACCCCGGACUGGCGGCCAAAGCAGAGGCCAGUCACUUGACUACCGUAGUUCACAGACAUCCUGCUCUACACCCAUAAAGAGAGAAAAGAGCAAAGCGAACAGUUUAGAC